GGUAGCACACACCGGCAGCUGCCCGGCAGUCACCCGGCCGCAAGGUUGUGCUUCCGGCUCCUGCCCUUAUUUACCUUCCGGGUCGCUGGGAGAGUGAACCGGAGGUCAGUGACUGUCUUUAUCCCAGGACCUGUGUAAUUAUUCUGCCGGUCAGAGAUGGACGCUCUUGAAAUCCGGAAACUGCGCAAGAAGCUGAGACAAAUUGAGGCUCUGGAGCACCUACCUCGGGACCUAACCCCCAGCGAGAUCGAAAAGGUGUCUCGGAAGCUUGAACUGCGGCGGCUGUUAGAGGAAUUGCUAUCUCGACAUGUGGAUGUGAUACAGGAGGAAGAAACCGUAGAGACAAAUGGAAGCUGCAGUGUGGCCAGGACCUCGCUCCCAGACUCCUCUGUGAGGCGGAGGCCUGCAUCUGACGCUGCUUCUACACCGGGCCUAUAUGAGUCUGCUCCACAAGUAAAGCUGAAGCACCCUGGGAAGACGCCGAACUCUGCCGAACCGCUGAGACGCCCCUCCCCCCUGCAGCACGCACAGUUCCUUCUCCACAGUCUGGAGGGACACAGUGAUCUGGUUACUUGCGUUCUUAUCCAUGACACAUAUAUAAUUUCCGGGAGCUGGGACACCUCAGUACGUGUCUGGGAUAUAGCGUCCUGCGUGGAGCUCAAGAUGUUUUCUGGCCACACCGGAGGGGUCACAUGUCUGGCACUAAUCGCACAAGGGGAAUCAAAGUUAAACUCGGAUCUUCUACCUGCUCGCGAGGAUUUUGUCGCCAGUGGAUCGACGGACAGCAGCGUUAAAGUGUGGAGCCUGAUCACAGGUCAACCGCUGCUCAGUAUAUACACAUUCUCCGCUGUAUCAGCUGUCACACAUAUUCCAGAUACGAAGCUGCUGAUAUCUGGAUCAGAUGGUGGAAAGAUUGAUGUCUGGGAUCUGGAAACACAGGAGAACCUGCGGUCACAGAGAGCGCACGGAGAGAAGGUGUCAGCUCUGCAGUAUUACUCCGGGCUGCUGUACUCUGGUUCUUCCGACGGUUCCCUGAAAAUUUGGAGAUUGUCUCCCUCGGGCUCUCUGAGUCUCCUGCACUCCUGCGACGCCCUGAUGCACUCUCUCAGAGGCCUGCAUGCUCUUUGUGCCACCGGGGACCAAGUCUACCUGGCGACCCAGGGAGCCUGCUUAAAAGCUGUUAACUGGAAGCAAGACCGCCUCACCCGCCUGUCCAAUCACACCUCAAGCUCCGGCUUCGCUGACGCUGUCGCUGUCACAGCCGGCAAUCUUCUUGUCACCUCUGGGUUUAAUAUUGAUCAGGGACACGGAUAUCUGAAUGUCCGAGAUGUGAAAACCGGCUAUUACCUGAGCACGCUCUCCAGCCCUGAUCUCCCCCGGAUCCUGUGUGUGGCGGCCUCUUGUACGCCUGGCGGUCUCUGUCGUUGGGUGACAGGGGGCAGAGAGCUGCUGCUGCUGUGGGAGGAGCUUCCAAAGGGAGGGGCAGUAGAUGGGUCUGCAGUGCAGGCUCAGUUCUGCUCAGAGUUCCUGCUUCCUGCUACGGAAAGUGAAUCGGAAGAAGACGAAGAGGAAGAUCUGUGGGCGGUGGACAGUGAGAGCGUGUCCUCCCACGUGCAGGCGGAGACCCGUGGCUGGCAGUGGUGUAUACUGGUAUAGAGGGAGAGAAUUCUCCAGUGCCCUCCAUCUCCCCGUCUCAUCAGCGCAACCUCCAUCUCUCCGUCUCAUCAGCGCAACCUUCCAUUUGUUACACUUUCAAUUUGUUUUUUUAGAAAUAAAAACGGAUUAAAACACAGAA